CGAACUUUUUCUCGCGAUGGACCAUCCAUCCACCCUUCGUCCGGUCCCGCGCAUCAUGGCUUGAUGAAGGCCGCAGCAGUUCCCUCCGCCCAUGCCCCGAGCUUGCCUCCCAAAUGCCAGGUGCUUCACCAGCGCAGAACUCCCCGUCCUCCCCUUUCUCGCGCCUCGAGUCUUCGCCGAAUCUCCUUUUCCGCGAGCGAGCUCUCAACGCGAUGUCGGCACAACACAGGAAAAGCAAGAGGAGAAGAACCGCGACAGCAAGACGAGUUGGAACGUAAAACGGUCAUCACGGAGUGACGGUCGAGAAAUCUAUUGGAGUAGGGGAUCCGGGGCUGCGGCCUCUUGCUCAACGUUUGGUAACCCAGGAAAUACGGCGAACUUGUCGCGCAUACCAUGUUCUUCGAUCUCACUCAGGAGCGCUUCUUCUACCCAUACGGCACAGAUGUUCCUAGGCCUGCGCUACGCCGACAUAUUCUCCUUCACUCGGCACCAAAUGCGAAGCUAUAGUUCUAAAGGCUUGGAGGUUGGAAGUUGGAUGGCCGCAAACGACGAUCCCGUCGAAAUACAACCCCAUGAUAAGGAAGAAUUGAAAAGCAAUAUGAGGAGAGUAGAAAGUGACGGUCACACUGUCGUUAGGACCGAGGAAUCAGAGAGUACCUUCAGGAAAGUCGCAAGCGAGCAUCGGGCCGCACGAAGGAAGCGGGCUCCUCGGACGAUCAUACAUUGUGCCGAUUCUGGAGCGCUUCUCACCGCGAGACGCAAGAAGGCGCUACUUUCACAUCGCAAACGGAUGAGCAACCUGCUCUCCUACGAAGUGACGACCGAGUGGAAGUCUCUCAUGCGACAGGGCAGAUACCGGUCUUUACGACGCCGAAUAUUCCUUUUCUCGCGAAACAGGCCCGCUGUGGUCAACCUAAACCUGCGCGGGGCCGGGCCGACGACUUACCGGUUGCUGACAAAAGCUUUCGGUGCUUUAGACCGGCGAGUAUAUCCAUGCGCCCGAAGGCAAGCCCACAAGCUCCGAUUGCAACAUCAUCCGAAAUGCAUUCAGUAUGCGACGCUGCUCUUCGAUAACGUAGGGCCUCCGGGCGAUGAGCAGAUGUGGAGAAACUGGAUGGACUUUGACGAAAACUCAAGGGAGACUUGGUGGCCUGCAUUGCUGCUAUAUGCCCUGGACCGUGUACCAAGCCAUGCUUUAUCUUUCAUACAAGCUCUCGAACACGAGCCAUGCGUUAAGAAUUUGCAGCCCGAGAUACUCGCGGACGCCCUGGGACACCUCGCGAGAAUACACGCCGGAAAUAUUUAUGGGAAAAACGAACAUUUUUCUUGGAGCAAGGAAAACCUCGUGCCGACCUUCUUCCAUAUCUUUCGCGGCCACUUUGCCCGGCAUCCCAAGGUGUGCUCGCAGGAUCUCUUGAUGAAUAUCGCUAGAUUGGCCAACGCCGCGGAUCUCAAGCGUAUCUUCGACCUUUUGGUUGAAUCAAAAACGUAUCUCAUUCACGACACCAUUUUGCAUUACGCCAACGCCUUCGCCGAAGCGGGUGAGCAUGAAUAUGCUCUACUUUGUCUAAAGGCAAUUGCGGAGAGGACGGCGAAUCCGGUUGCGAGGCACACCAUUGUCAACCGCGAGAGAUUUCGGUGGACCUGUGCGCUAAUACUUCGCAAGAGCAUGAGCGUGUCUCGAAAAUACCAUGAGACAACGGGCAUUGUGGCAGCGUUCGUGAAACUAGGAGUCAAGCUGGAUAUCUUGCUGUACAACGUUAUCAUGCACAACGCUAUGGAGGCUGGCGACUACAGUACCGCGUUUCGAGUAUACAACACUCUCGAAGAGAAUGGACUAAAGCCGGAUAAACACACAUUCUCCAUCUUACUCUAUGGAUGCACGAUGACGAACAAUCCGGCGAUGUUCCACGAUUUUGCUGAGUAUUGCGCCAAUGCUGCGACAGAGUUAAAAGAUCCUUGGCUGGCGGCCGACUACCUUUAUUAUCUCUAUGUUUGCGAUCGUCGGAAUGAUGACGCCUCCCAGCAAGACUCCACUAAGAUCCUACAAGCAUAUCGCCGUUUCUUCUCGGCAGAGCCCCUGGAGCCCUUCUGGACUGGACUUCCGACAAGGCAAGCGCCUGAGGCGCAGGACCAUGCCACGAUCGACUUAGCACCAAUGGAGCCCCCGCCUGUUGCUCUCUACAUUAUGCUACAGACUGAGAUUCGUAACGCACUCACCAUGAGGAGCACCCGAGUGUGGCGCCUGUAUCUCAAGUUUCGACGUCUUGUUAGGGAAAACCAUCACCCCGUUCUGAACGAGCUGGCCCGGAACCCAGUGAUCUGGAACGCCUUUCUCCUCGCUUUCUGUGAAAAACAGCAGUUUGCAAGCGCGUCCGCGCUCAUCAACCACAUGUCAGACAACUCACCCCACCCGAAUGUCUAUAGCUGGAACAUCUUCAUGCAAGCCUUCUUCAAGUCUUCGCAGGUGCAGGCAGCGGAACGCGUGUUCGAGAUCAUGCGCGCUCGAGGUGUCGAGCCUGAUCAAUUUACUUACGGCGUUCUACUAAGGGGAUACGCGAAGGCGCAGCAUGUUGAGAAGAUUGGAGAGACCAUGGAACACGUGGAUAAUGAGCAGCAGCUUGAUCCAAAGUUGCUGCAAGCGCUAGCACGAGUGCAUCUCCGGCAGAGGCUGAUGUUGGCGCUGGAGAGGAGUCGGCUGAGGAAGGAACGAAAGGAGAGGGAGAAUGCGGAGACAGAGGCUGAGCGGCGAAGGGAAAGGUGGAAGGCCCCGGCAUUUACGCCGCUAUUCUCCCCGAAGCCUUCCGCCUCAGAUGCUGGCGGUGAUCCGAACCGAACUCCCACGUUCGCGUCCGUGCUCCGGCCUGCACUGAGUUCGCGGACGAAGGAAAAAGAGGCACUCCUGACGGAUGUGCGGCCAGUACCUUGGCGAAAAGUCGACAGUGGGAUCUCGGAAGAAGAGUACCAGAAGCUCAAAGAGCGCGAUGCGGAUCCCUUGCUGUCCUGGUCCGAGCCUGCGAGUCUCCCGGGGGAGAACGUCGACAGCAAAUCCCCCCUGGUACCAGAGGACUUUCCGCUCUCCGAUUUCGGGCAUUUCGGCCAAGACUCCGGCUUCAAGUCCGUGCGGCGGCAAGAUGAAGAACCCUUGAUUAAACGAUAAAGGCCUCUCAUCCGCAAGCAAAGGGGAUCCUAGGCUCCGGGUUCGAGGCGUAGUUUUGCGGCCAGUUCGUUAUCCACGAUGAGGCCUUGUUGUGGAGUGAGCAAGAGAUGGAGCAUGUUCAUAUUGUAUAGUUCCAUAUUGUAGUAGCAGGUUACGGAUUGUACACAAUCGGUGUAUCAGUUAUAGCUUGGUAGGCGUACUGCAUGCAUGGCGUUCAGGAUUUCCUAGGCCACUUGUUGGAGAAAUGGGCGCUGUGCAUUACACUUUUUCUCCUGGCCUCCAGGAGGUUUCCCCUGCCAUAGACUUUUCAGCGCAUAGCAUUUUCUCAUUCCAAUGGAACGCAAGUUCGUUUCUGCUCGCAAAUCCCGCCGUUUCUAGCACGUAGAGAGAACAAGG